UAGUAGUAGUAUUCUUAACUCUUAGUAUACAAUAUUCCACACAUGUAUGACUGCGGGACAGUGGAAACUGACAAAACAAUGAAAUGUGUUUCAAGGCUAUUAAAUGAGACUACAAAUACAAUACUCCUGAUUUUCGAUAAUAAUCGACCAUGAUGCGAAACCCUUUUUUUGUGUUACCACAUAUCGUAAGUGUGAAUGCAUAAUAAGUUCAGAUUGACAACGGGUAAUUUUGAAGUGAUUGCACAAUAUGUAAUGUGCCCCAUUAAUACGGAUCAAAGUGUUUUGGCAAUGUUUUAUCUUGUAAUGGCGAAGGGGAGUGGACGUCUAUUCGCAAUACAGUUUCACAGAAGAUGACUGUCCUCUGGGAUGUUGCACCAUGUAGUGUGGUGGAUAUUGAAAUCUCCUCCCUCAUAUGUCACAUACAUGCUAUUCCAUUUUUUAUCAGAGUAAACAAACUGAUCAUAACCUGAGUCCAGUCUACAAGGAGGUUUAGAUAUGAGUGCAGUAUUUUCAAGAACACGUGUUUACUUUAAUAAGUAUCCACUUUUGAGAGGAGUAGCCACAUAUGCAGUUAUUUGGCCUGUAUCAAACCUGUGUCAGCAGGCCAUUUCUGGAAAAGAGAAAUUUGACUUUCUGCAAGCUCUGCGUUACAGUUUGUUUGGUGCAUUCUAUGUUGCACCAACACUUCAUGGAUGGCUUAAGCUGUCUGGUCUUAUGUGGCCACAGAUGAACUUGAAAACUGCAUUAACCAAGGCAAUAUUGGAACAAUUUAGUUAUGGUCCAUUUGCCAUGGUAUCAUUCUUUUUUGGAAUGAGUCUGUUGGAAGGGAAAUCAUCUAGUGAAGCUGCAAAUGAAGUUACUGCUAAGUUUUGGCCAACCAUGCAAGUUGGAGUUUUCGUGUGGCCAGUGGUACAGACUGUCAAUUUUACUAUUGUGCCAGAGCGGAACCGUAUUGUGUUUGUGGGAUUUUGUAGUAUGGUCUGGACAUGUUUCUUGGCAUAUAUGAAGCAGCUAGAAACAAAUAAAUUAGGAAAGCCACAAUGAUGUUGCAGUGUUUGGGACUAGGUUCUAUUUUUUGAUAUAAUGAAGCAUUGCAUUCAUUUACUUCUCUUUUCAAGCAGGAAAUGCAGAUGAUAAUGGUAAAUUCCAUGUUUAUCAUUGUUGUUAGUCAUAUACAUUGAUAAAGAAGUGAUUUGCAGGUAAUGGUUGUAAGUUAUGUGUUAAUUAUUCCAGAUUUGUAGAUACGAAAAUGGAUUAUAAUUUAGUAGGAAUCUAAAAUAAAUUAUUUGGGACCUCCGUACUGUAUCGAUUUGACCACCAAGGCUGAAAUAAAUAUGGUUAAGUGA